CAGUCGUUUAUCUAAGUUUGGUGAAGUGCGGUCCCUCUGCAUCUCCAUUAUGCGGCAUCCCACUAAGAUCUUCACUUUCAGAAAUAAUCAUAAAGAAAGAAAAAUUCCCAUUCCAUUCCUCUAUAAAGUGAUUGAAGCAAACCAGAAAAGAAAAUUGACCCAAAAAAAAGAAACAUGGAGCAGAAGAAUUCCAUUUUCUACAUCUCCUUCCUUAUGCAAUGGUUCAAUAGCAGAGUGCGGUGAAGAUAACGAGUUGUUGAUGGAAUCGGAAAUCAGCAGGAGGAUUCUAGAACAGAGUAAAUACAUAUCACCAGGAGCUCUGAAGAGGGACCAACCAGUUUGCAAUGGAGGUGCUAGUGGCCAGUCCUAUAGUAGCAGUUGUUUGCCGCCCUCUUCCAAUCCUGAAACGCGUGGCUGUUCUAAGUACUAUCGUUGUAGGUCCGAUUCUCGAUGAAUCUCGUUAAACUUUUCUUUUUCUUUUUUUUUUUUUUUUUU